AUGGUCGGAGUAGACGGUUCCUACGGUUCAAUGACAAAAGCCGCCCAGCGCCCUCUGAGACGGCAGAUCGCGGCCCUGAGGCGCGGCGCGAGGCGGGCGGAGGAGACCCGGGGCGGGGCGAUUGCGCGCAGCCGGCGGGGCGGGGCGCACCCUGACCGCCCGGCCGCACGCCACAAGGCGCCGAGCCUCGGCCGGGCCCGGGUGGCGGCCGCCGGUAUCCUCAGCGUGGGCAACGUGCUCAACUACCUGGACCGGUACACGCACCCUGACCGCCCGGCCGCACGCCACAAGGCGCCGAGCCUCGGCCGGGCCCGGGUGGCGGCCGCCGGUAUCCUCAGCGUGGGCAACGUGCUCAACUACCUGGACCGGUACACGGUGGCAGGUGUGUUACUAGACAUCCAGCAGCACUUUGGAGUCAAAGACAGCGGGGCUGGCUUGUUGCAGACAGUUUUCAUCUGUAGUUUCAUGGUUGCCGCCCCAAUCUUCGGUUACCUUGGUGACCGUUUCAACAGAAAGAUCAUUCUCAGCUGCGGGAUCUUCUUUUGGUCAGCUGUCACUUUUUCCAGCUCCUUCAUCACUGAACAGUAUUUCUGGCUUCUUGUGCUCUCGCGAGGUUUGGUCGGUAUCGGUGAAGCAAGUUACUCCACCAUUGCCCCAACCAUCAUAGGAGACCUUUUCACCAAAAACACGAGGACCCUCAUGCUGUCCGUUUUCUACUUUGCAAUUCCUCUUGGCAGUGGCUUGGGAUACAUCACUGGGUCAAGCGUGAAGCAGGUUGCUGGAGACUGGCACUGGGCCUUGCGGGUAUCUCCACUCCUGGGAAUGAUAACGGGGACACUCAUCUUGAUAUUUGUACCUGCUGCUAAAAGAGGAAAUGUUGAACAACUUGGGGGACAGCUGAAGGCUCGGACCUCCUGGCUGAGAGACAUGAAAGCGCUGAUUAGAAACCGCAGCUACGUGUUCUCUUCGUUGGCCACCUCAGCUGUCUCCUUUGCCACAGGGGCCCUUGGCAUGUGGAUCCCUCUCUACCUGCACAGAGCACAGGUCGUGCAGAAGACAGCAGAGACUUGCAGCUCACAGCCUUGUGGCACCAAAGAUAGCUUGAUCUUCGGAGCAAUCACAUGCUUCACUGGCUUCCUGGGUGUAAUCACAGGGGCCGGGGCAACCAAAUGGUGCCGGUUGAAAACCCAGCGAGCCGAUCCUCUUGUCUGUGCUGUUGGCAUGCUGGGAUCAGCCAUCUUCAUCUGUCUGAUCUUCGUGGCUGCCAAGAGCAGCAUCGUGGGAGCCUACAUUUGCAUUUUUAUCGGAGAAACUCUUCUGUUUUCAAACUGGGCUAUCACAGCAGACAUACUAAUGUACGUGGUCAUUCCAACACGCCGUGCAACCGCCGUGGCCUUGCAGAGUUUCACUUCCCACCUCCUGGGAGAUGCUGGCAGCCCGUAUCUGAUCGGAUUUAUCUCAGACCUAAUACGACAAAGCACAAAGGAGUCCCCAGUCUGGGAGUUCCUCAGCUUGGGGUACGCGCUCAUGCUCUGCCCGUUUGUCGUUGUCCUAGGAGGGAUGUUUUUCCUGGCCACAGCCCUCUUCUUCCUCAGUGACCGAGCCAAAGCUGAACAACAGGUGAACCAACUCGUGAUGCCACCAGCCUCUGUGAAAGUCUGAGACGUUGCCAGUGAAGGAAGCGACACGCGGACUCGUGCUCCCACCACACCAAUCUCAAGCUGGAAGCCCUUCCGUACUGGUGGAUCCCUCAGCUCCACAGCACCCUGGAAGGGUUCUCCAGCAGCUAACGAAUCCCACCGCUCCAGCCUGCGGGGUCAGGCACCAGGAGAUGAGCAGGGCAGCCUGGAACACAAGUACUUCUUGAGCAUAAGGACGUUCACAGGUUCCUCUGAGCAUCAAAAGCAACUGUCCACUGGACCCACGAUGUGCUACCCAAGUGAGUGACUGUAGAUUGUGUAUAUGGUUUUAGUUGUAGCCAACAAAGUCCGCGUCAUUUAUAGGGCAACUUACGCCCUAUUGAAUGCUGCUGCUCCGUCAGCGCUCCUGCACCCAGAGACUGCACUAGUUGGGGACCUGUUCUGUACAUCACCUUUUCUUUAACACUGAAGGCUCAAUUCAGAUUAUUAUUUUUUAUUUAAAUAUGUCAUAAGAUGCUUUAUCUCUGCUGAAGACCUUAGAUGACAGAUAUAGAUAUAUAGAUAUAUAUAUUUAGAUAAACAGUUUUUUAUUUAAAUGUUUUAAAACCUGGAGCUGCCUGUGCAACCGUACCAGACACGAGUAACGUCCACAGCUCUCCUCAUCUCAGUGCCCUGGUACCAGGCCCUGCGAGGGCACAGCAGGAAGACUCCCAGUGGAUGAUGACCCAUCCCCUGAGGCUGAGCAGUGGGACAGAGGAGAGAGUUUCACUGCACUGGGUAUACUGGUGGUUGUUACAGAAAGGCCCAGAAGAACUUUGGACAUAAAUACCUAGAGGCUCUAGAGUUUGCUCUCAAUAUGCUAAAUUCAGCCUUGCCUAGGAGGUUCACAGGUUUUUAAAAUACCAAAAUCCAUCUGGCUGAAUUGCUUUACCUAGGGCCUGGUAGUGCAAUACUGCUGUGCCAGUGACUCCACGCUUUGUUUACACACACAUCAUAUCACCCGUGUCCUCAACACUCAUUCUCCCUCCGUCAGUAUUUCCAGAGCAGGUGGCUGAUGCUCUACUGUAGCUGUUUCCUUUGGAACAAUCCUUAGGUUUAGUGCAGGCCCAACCCCACGCACAGACUACCCCUGCCGGGGGGUCAGUUGGUCACUUUUAUCUUUAUAAAGAUGCAUUUGAGGUCUUUAAUAUUCAAGGCCAGUGUCUGAACUGUGUUAGUCUCAAAUGCAGCAGCAUGUGUCUGUAGAGCAGUCAGUGCCAGUUCAGCCCAGUCUUGUUUCCUGCACUUGACCUCCACAAGCCAAAUUUAUGCUGUGUCAGCUCCAUGCUGCAAGAGCGUGGGGAAGGCAGGCGAGCAGGGCCCUGGAGAGAGAGCCAGGCUUCCAGAGAACGGGCAUUGGUUCUGGGAACUCCCCACUCACGUUUUUUCUGCCGUCUCCCACAGCACAGACACUCCCCUGGAGCUCAGCAACACCUCGUGCAGCUGGAUGCACCUCACUCUUGGGCUCACAUGCUCAUCUUGUGCUCGGUUGGGCCACAAGUAGGACUAAAUAAGCAAAGAAAAUCAUAGAAUUGCCCAGGCCGGAAGGGACCUCCAAAGGCCAUCUAGUCCGACCCCCCCGCAGUCAGCAGGGACACCCCCAACUAGACCAGGUUGC